UGCUUGAAACUCGUGCUCGUGAACGAAACGACAAAAAAAAAAGAUUAAGAAAGAAAAUGGCUGCUCGUUCGUUUGACAUCUAGAAAUUAAAGAAAUACCUAUUUACUACAUACCUACUGGAGAUUUUCUUUGUAUUGUUUUGAUUUCCUCGUAAUGAUCUAAUCUAACAGCAGGAAAAAUAUAGUUCCACAAUGAGCGAGCGCUAUCACAGCUACGGCACAGGGUCGUCUCGAUCCUCGCGUGAUGAUUAUAGGGUGCACAAGGCGCGGCAAGACAGAGAUAGAUCAAGGGAAAGACAGCGUACGAGGUCGCGAUCCAGGUCCCCUGCGAAGAACUAUGCGCCACCAAGAAGCAGUCGAUCAGAGAGAUCUAGAUCUAGAAGUAGAGAGUAUGAAGAUAAAAGAAUUAGCACAAAAAAUGAUUGGGAGGAUUCUGAUGAGGAAGUUCCAGCACCGCCACCUCCACCUCGCAUCACCAAGAUAUCAAUUGACUUCUCAAAACCCAAAGCUCCCAUUAAGAUGAACUUGGGUAGCUCAGGAUCAUCAAAGAAACCCGCCACCCCGGCUAAGCCUACUGUAGCUUCAGUGUUCAAUGAUGAUGAUGAUGAUGAGCCAGAGGAAAUGCCAGCUGAAGCCAGGAUGAGAAUGAGGAAUAUUGGAAGGGAAACACCAACUUCAGCCGGUCCAAAUUCCUUCGGGAAAACAAAGCAGGGCUUCUGUGACGCCAAAAAAGUGUUUGAGAAGAACCUGAAGCAAGCUCUAGAGACAGCGGAGAAGCCAGGAAAAUUCCCACAGACCAUUUACAAGAUUAAGGGGCCAUGAUAUAAAUUGAAUCAAAAUUAAAAUCUGUGGUUACCAUUUAUUUAUUAAAUUUUAAUUACAACACAAAUGCAAAAUGCAAGCAAUUUUUUCAUACAGAAAAGAGUACUUUUUCUUAAUUUUUCUAUUUUAAUACCUAUAAAGUUUGAGGUAGUGUAUGCAGUUAAUAGUGUUUCAUGUGUUUAUCAAGAAAAUAUGUAGUGUUUAUGAUUAUAAUAUGCGGUAACCAUAGAUUUAGAAUGUCAGCGGUAACCAAUGGUCGGCUUGCUGAAUGUAGAUAAUGGUAGUUUAAAUAUUCAUAGGUAUAUAUCGUUUCCGGUAAUUGGAUGUCUCAUUACUUGCAUAUAACCUCUAUAUUGAUAAGGUGCAUUUACACCUGCCAGCUAGCUAGAAUGAACAUUUGCAAAUGCAUGAGUGUUUAUUAUAAUGUUUUUAUACGUGUCUAUCCAUAGAAAAACACGCGAACUAUAUGGUACCUCUUCAUUUUAGCCGAUGAAUUGAAAUUUAAAAACUUUGUAUGUAAAUAAGUAGUUGUUAGUACUCGAUUGUAUAAUGUUAGUUUUAUAUCUACUAUCAAAUAGGGUUUAGUUAAUAGUAACAAUACCGAUUAAAAGCGCAGGUAUACAUGAUCAUUUUUUCAAACUAGGUAUACAACAUUUUAAAAUUAGAUUUAAUAAAAAAAAAGCCACAUUAAACACAGUAUGGAUGAAUAUACACUUCUCUUAUCGUGUGUUUAGCACUGGUGUCAGAUGUUAUUUAAGUCGCCUAAAGGCAUCUGACUUGAUUUUUACUACUACCGCCAACUAUCGACUUUAGUCGCUUGAUGCGUAUGCAGAUUUCAAGUGAAUCGAACCUUUAGUUCUUUCAAUCACAUAGCCACUAAACCAUAACUGGUACUACAGUUUUAUGUUUCCUCUUUUCUGUUUAUCUGUGCCAAUAGCGAGUAAAACUCUUCAUUAGAUUUCUGUCUGAAGAAUAAUAUGAAUCUGUGUGAUGUAAGUUUUUAUGUCUACACUAGAAAAGUAAGGUUUCCUUGGGUAAUGAUGUAAUUACGAAAAUAUAGUUAUCAUGUGUACUUUGUGUAACACUGAUUCGGAGUAACCAUUUUAUUCAUUAUGAAUGUAAUACAUUGUUCUAUAACACUCAAA